AUGCUCGCAACGCUCACUCUCCCGCUCGAUGCGUACUCAUCGCAGCUGCAGCAAGUGCCUGUGGCGGCGGCAUCUAGCUCUGGGCCAUGUGGCAUGCCUGCGACGCCAUUCCGGCUCGCGCCGUUGUUCGAGGCCGUUGGCGGCCUUCCCGGCAUCGAGUCUGAGAACGACGAGGAGGCAAGUGAGACAACGACUGCACGGUCAACAUCGUCUGCGUUGACGGCGGUGGCGGCGGUGGACGACAUCGACCGGGCAUCACUGCCGACUCUCAUUUUGGCGGCGGCCGACGCGCGGCUGACGUCGCGGUGGCGAGCAGAGCUUGUGGCGGCGAUCCGGGCGGCGCGGGCUGUCGAUGGUGAUCUCUCGUUUGAGCUGGACGCCGAUGGAAACGCCGCGCAGGUGGCGUACGAGACGCGUGCGGAAGCAGCCCCUGCUCGCGGGAACGAGAGACGAGCAGGGCCAGAGGAGCAGUCGAGCGGCCCGUCGACGCCGCGCGAUGUGCGGACGCUGGGCACGCUGAUGAGUAGCGGGGCGGACGUGGACGGUCUUGGCGCCGAGACGCAGCCGUCGGAUCUUGCAGCGACCAAGGCGCUGCCUGUGCACGUGGCGACGUCACGGCUCGUUCUGAACGCGCCGGGGUGGCAGACGAUCGAGCCUGUGGGCUCGUGGUAUACCGGGCCCGAGUACAACACGGUUGAAGAGAAUCCCAAGCUUCUCCUUGCCUGGUACCGGCUGCUGUUCCUCGGAGCGCCGCACGCAAACUUUGUGGCCGACCUCGACUCAGUGUACGUCGUUUCUGUGAUGCGAACAGCCGAGGGCAGGAGCAAGCACGGGACGAUCCGCGCCAUUGUGUGGUGCGAGACGACUGUGCGACGGGUGGCGUUUGCGGCGCGCAAGGCGUUCCGGUCGUUCAAGACGGACUUGCGCGCGGCACUGGCGGUCGUCGAUCCCAACAGCCUGUACCGGGUCCGGUCGUUUUUCCGGUGCGUGGUGGGCCCCAACUUUGUGCAGACUCUCCUCGUGCUCGAGGACGAGAGUUUCCUGCGUGCUCUGCCGAUUGGGGUGGUGUAUGCGCACGACGGGCAGGUGACGCGGUCUGAGCUCCUGGGCAACAACGCGACGUAUCCGGCUUCUGCGGAUGCGCCGCUGUGCGAGUUUAUCGCGCGGCUCGGGACGUGCGUGCCGCUCUUGGGGUGGGAUGGCUACCCCGGCUCGCUGGACACGGAGAACGGGACGUCGGGCGAGCACUCGAUGUUUACCCAGCUUGCAGGCAAGGAUGUCAUGUUCCACGUGGCGCCGCUUAUUCCCAACGAGGUUGACGACGACGAGUGCUCGUUUGUGCGGUCGACGCGGCGCAAGGCGCUGGUCUCGCACACGCCGGCGAUCAUUGUAUUCCACUCGGGCGUCCGUGAGAGCGCGCUGUUCUCGCCGUCGUCGCUCGGCUCGCAGCAUGUCCACGUCACGGUUGUCGUCUCGCCGCAUCCUGACGACUCGGACGCGUACGUGAUGCAGUACGCGCAUGCGGCGUCGAUCGCUCCGUUUGGCCCGCACUUUUCCUCACUCAAGGUGCCUGCGACGCAGACGGCGGUCCACUCGAUGCUGACCAACGUGAUCAACGGGCUGGCAUCGGCCCGGGCGUCGGCACCAGGGCUCGCAGGCCCUGCAGCAGCGUUCCGCAAAGACCUCCUCGACUCGGCCAUGGCGGCAGUCGACGGGAGCGAACCCGGGUACGGGGUCGGGCCGCCGUCGGGUGAAGCGGCAUGCACAAGCGGAACGAACUUGCCGCCGCUUCUGGGAUCUGCACUCCGCGGGCCGCGGCGGUCGUCAGUGAUGCCGCUGGCCGCGGCGUCAGACGCACUGACGGUCUUUUCGGCGGUGAACGCGCUUCCGCCCGGCCCGUCGGCAGUGACCGCCUUUGCGCCGUGGCGCAACGCGGCUGUCUACUCUGACGCCGACGGAAUCCACCUGCUCUCGCCGGACGACACUGCAAAGACAACGCUGUUUGGCAAGCAGGCCGAUGCCAUCUACGUGGUACACAAUCUCGGGCUCGCGGUGGCGCGGCUGUGCAAGCGCAAGCAUGGCGUUGUCGUCCUCCACCUCACCGCGCUCGGCAAGGCCAUUGUCCACCGGCUGCCCGAGACGAAGCGGUGCGAGUGGCUUGCGGUUUGCCAGACGAGCCACAAGGUUGUGGUCUCGGUCAAGGCCUCGCUCCAUGUCUUUGACUGGGUCGCCCCUGCUGGCGCCUACGUCCUCGACACGCGGAUUAACCUCGAGACGGCGCCGUCGUUUGUCACGUUCCUCUCCACAGGACGGCUCGGGCUCGCGGUUGCCGGCACCUACCUCAUCAUGCAUGCUCGGACCGGCAAGUUUGUGACGCUCAACAAGAAAGGGCACAAGCUGCCGAUCACACCGGCGUCUACGGCGGCGGCGGCCAUCGAGAUCUCGAUCGACACACCGUCGUCGCAUAUCUUCUUAGCCUCGGGCGUCUCGUCGAUCCUUGUCGACGCCGACACCGGCGAGCUCCCGCAGCGGGCGGCACCCUUAUGCUGGUGCUACGCGCCGACAUCGUUUGUCGCCAUCGACUACUACAUCUUGGCUCUCUCCGACUACGGCAUUGAGGUCCGGUCGGCGCGCAACGGAGCGCUGGUCCAAAUGAUCACCCUCCCACAGCCGCUUGCCCUCCUCUCACCGCCGCAACUUGCAUGCGAGACUGGCGUGUAUGUCUCGGCCGGCAGCGGGACUGCCGCGCGCGUCUACCACAUUUCAGCCUCACCGCAACCGACAGCGCCCGAACAGACCGUGCGGUCGCCAUUCUGCUCGCGGCCAGCAUCGCUUGCAGGCUCGUCCUCGUACUCGGCACUCACCUCGGAAUCGUCACUCUCGUCCACAACCGGACUCGGCUCCAUCCCACCAUCGCUCAGACUUCCCACCGUCCGGGCGUGCAUCAACUCGGCAGCGGCUCGUGCCGACGCCUCCCGCCGCGACUCUGAGCGUGCAUACAUGGACAAUGCCGGCUACCCACUCGUCGACUCUGCUGUCCACGAGUCGACCUCGACGGCAGCGUCGACCUCGACCUCGGCAUCGACUUCGGUGUCAGCCUCGGGCGUCACCUCGUCGUCGUCGCUCAUCACUGGCUGCCCCAUCAUCCCCAACUCGGACUUGAUGCACGCGAUACAUCUUGUUCCGGAGGAGGAUGUGUGA